ACCAGAGCCACUGAGCCCGCUGUGGAGCUGAACCAGGGGUAGCUGUAGAUAGAGCGUUUAUUUUUUUAUAGACAACGAGGCGUACAGCGGAUAAAGUGAGGCUGCCGUAAGCUUAUUUUCUGGGGUGUUUUGUGCUCCAUUGCUGUUGUAUUUACUGGCUUUUACCGGGCUAUUUGUGGAGGGAAAUCCGCCUCUGAUGGGCACACUGCGACGCCGUGACGCAAUUCAGCCUCCGCUGCUGCAACACAAUAAAAUAUGAAUCACCAUCAAAGCGCCGACGACGGGAUGCUGCCUCGUCUUCCUCCUCUUUUUCUUCUUCUUUUGGGUGUAAACAGCGUUUAAAUGGUUAGGACGAGGAGGGGGUGUGGCGCUGACCAUCUCCCAUUCACCACAACAACACACGCCCAGAGAGCCCAUGUAUCUGUGGCACAGGAAUAAUAAAAAUAGGAGAAGGAGUCGUGCUGGGGAGCAGGUUUGAGGAUAGUGUGCUCCAGACUCUCGCUGGGUGCUCACAGGCCAGCCAGCCCCUCGGCAUCAGUCCGCAGGCUCUCCACGCAGGAGUAUCCACUUGGUUACGCAGAUUCAAAGCCUGGAUGCAGAGAGGACCAGCGGCCCUGUACUCAGAGAUGCGAUAACUACUGUGAGAUUAAAGGCAUGUUAGCGCCAUGAUCCACGGCCGUGGCGUUCGCUGUGUCAGUGCAAGUUGUGUUGCGAGGGGAGAUUGAAUGCCUCUAACAUCUCAAGGCUGUAAGCCCUGUGCAGGGUGGUGAUGAGCACUCAGGGCGGCAGCAGCAGGGGAAGUGGCCAGCAUGCCGACACUACUCCCCCUCGCCAGGCCCCGGGACCCAAGCUGCAGGUACAGCGCUCCCUCUCCCGCGACACCAUCACCAUCCACUUCUCCGCUCUGGGGAAGGAGGAAGACGAUGAGGAAGAGGAGCUGUAUGGGGUUCCUCUCGGAUCGGAUGGCGCUAAAUCCGGCCUUGACAGAGCUGGGGAAGCACAUGCUUUAGGCGCGGAUGAGCAGUCCGUCGCUACAGCGUUGGAGGCCAAGGAGGAGCUGCUGUUUGAGUGUAGUGGUGGGGAGACUACGUCGGGGGUGGCUGUACUUCCUGUCUCAUCCACCACCUUGUCCGCUCAGUCCUCAGACCUUCAACCACACACGCCAUCUCCAGCUAUGAUCAUCAUCCCCACUUCCGCCCACUCCCAUCUGAGCUCCAAUCCUCCUGCCAGCUCCUCCUGGCCCCUGGAUCGACCCUUAGUCAAUCCCCCCGCCACAAGCUCCAGCUCCUCGUCCCCUUGCAAGUCUGCGGCACUGUCCUCCUCCAAACCGUUCCUUAGCCUGGUUAGGUCUUUGUCCAAUGACGUGGAGACUAGAGAAACCACCGCAGCUCCUACUGCGAAUGCACCAUCCCAUACGAGGCACCGCCACUUAAUGAAAUCUUUUGUUAAGUCUCUUUCCACGGACACUUCGAAGCCUGAACAUCAGGACGUGCCUCUCCAACACUAUCAUAACCAACAGCAAGUACAGUCAUCCCAGCGGGCUCCUCCUCGCAACAUUCAGCUCUUCAAACAGUUCUCCCAGCCUCGCCUAUCCUCCUGUCCUGUUGUCACUCAAGCUGGUGGAGACUCCAAAACAGCCCCUUCUUCCCCCAUCAUGUCCCCAGACGGUCGGUCUUUCUUCAAAGUCCAGGAGGUGGAGGCCAGGAUUGAGGACACGAAGCGGCGGCUGUCAGAGGUGAUGUCCGACCCCCUGCAGCUUUUCAGUAAGAUCAUGGGGGAUGAGUCUGGCGUGGGUGCUGCAGGAAGUGCCACUCAUCGAGCUAAAUUGCUGUCUUCAAGUGCAUCAGAGCUCAGCGGAGUGACCACCGUGAACGGGCACGCAGAAAGCAACAACAACUACAGCAUCAAGGAGGAGGAAGGCGUCGAAGGCGAAGAUGACGAAGAAGAAACCCCCACAGGGAAGGGUUCGGACUCUGUUUUCUUCUCCUUUCCAUCGUUGGCACCAGCCCCAGUCCUAACCCAGACCAAUUUCCCCAAAUCUCCAUCCCUAACUUUAGGACGAUGCUCAAUGUCUGCGCUGGUUGCCCGACAGGAAGACGAGGACUUUUGUGAACUGUACAGCGAAGACUUUGAUAUUUGUACGGAUACAGAAACCCCAGACGGGGAUCCUCUAGGCUCCAGGCAGCCUCACGCUGACAGCACGGGGUUGUGUAGUGAACUUGACACGGAGGAGGAGGAGAAAGUGGACGAGGAGUUAGAGAGCAUACCUGUGACUGGUCUGAUCUUCCUGACGCAGUUGGUUUACUGGUAUUUGGUCCUCCCAGUGCCUCCUUAUGUUUGUGCAGUGGUGCACGGGAUCGUAGCUGGAUUUAUGAUAGUGAUGCUGAUCCUCUGGCUGUCCUCGUCUCGACGCUCAUCGUCAGGGAUGAGAAGAUGGAGGCGAAGGAUAGAGCAGUGGAACGUGGCCCAGCUUGACAUCAAGGAACCAGGGAUAUUUAAGGGCUGGAUGAAUGAGAUCCACAGCUACGACCCGGAGAUGUAUCACGCCACCCUGACCCACUCUGUUUACGUCCGCCUUGAGGGCUCGGUCCUGCGUCUGUCCAAGCCCAACAGGAACAUCUCCCGCCGUGCCACACACAACGAGCCUAAACCAGACGUCACCUACAUCAGCCAGAAGAUCUAUGACCUCACUGACAGCAAGAUCCAGCUGGUGCCUCAGAGCUUGGCCAGGAAGAGAGUUUGGAACAAGAAGUACCCAAUCUGCAUCGAGCUGGCCAAGCAGGACGACUUCAUGUCCAAAGCCCAGGGAGAGAAGCCCGAAGCCGGGGAGGAGAAACCAACGAGCGUGAGCGAGAAGCAGGAACGAACAGACAAAUGUGAGAAAGCUGAAGUUGCAGGAUCAGCAGAAGAACCCAAAAGGCCGACCUCUGGAGGCGGGGAUCUGACAAUCUAUCUGUUUGGGAGGACCGGACGGGAGAAGGAGGAGUGGUUUCGGAGGUUUCUUGUGGCAUCCAGGAUGAAGUCAGAGGGGAGGAGUGGAAGUCUGCCCGGUAUCUGCAAGAGUGCCUUCCUGCCCUCUCACAGCCGCAGCAGCAGCACCCAUUCUGGCAUCGGAGGCCUGGAGGCUGACAGCAGGAGCAGCAGCCGGGGGAGCCUGGAGGAGCUGCCUCAGUCCCGCCUGUCCUCGGCCUCCACAGGAGGGAUGAAGCAAAAGAUGCUGUUGGACUAUAACAUCUACAUGGCUAAAUAUGUCAACCCCCAAGCACCGCAGAGGAGCCCGACAGCCACCGACAGCCCCGGGAACAGCCCUGAGAGCAGCCCCAAAACCACCAAAAAGUUACACAGGAGUUCAGAAGAGACCGUAGAGCCGGAGGCCUGGGUCAACGCUUUUCUGGGAAGGAUAUUCUGGGACUUCCUGGGAGAGAAGUACUGGGCCAAUGUGGUCUCCAAAAAGAUCCAAAUGAAGCUCAGUAAGAUCAGGCUGCCGUAUGUGAUGAACGAGCUGACUCUGACAGAGCUGGACAUGGGCUUCUCUAUUCCAAAGAUCCUGCAUGCCUCCAAACCUUCUGUGGACCACCAAGGUCUGUGGUUUGAUCUGGAGGUUUCCUACACAGGCUCCUUCCUCAUGACUCUAGAAACCAAGUUGAACCUGGCCCGUCUCGGGAAGGAGGGCGAAGGCCUUGGAGAGCACGGGAAAGAAUGGUCCAGGCCGCGGACAUACUGCCUGGCUGACAGCGAUGAGGAAUCGUCCAGCGCUGGCUCGUCAGAUGAGGAGGAUCCACCAGAACUCCUCAGUGACAAAGCUAUUCCUCCUGGAGCCGAAGGUUACGUGGGAGGCCACAGGCCCAGCAAGAUCAUGCGCUUUGUGGACAAGAUAGCCAAGUCCAAGUACUUCCAGAAGGCCACGGAGACGGAGUUCAUUAAGAAAAAGAUGGAGGAGGUGUCCAACACGCCCCUGCUGCUCACUGUGGAGGUGCAGGAAUGCCGGGGGACACUGGCUGUCAACAUCCCACCACCCCCUACGGACAGGAUAUGGUAUGGUUUCCGGAGUCCGCCUCACCUGGAGCUGAAAGCACGGCCUAAAUUAGGAGAAAGGGAGGUCACUUUGGUCCAUGUGACUGACUGGAUAGAGAAAAAACUGGACCAGGAGUUCCAGAAAAUAUUCGUGAUGCCAAACAUGGAUGACGUCUGGCUACCCAUAAUGCACUCUGCCAUGGACACGCGCUCAAAUGCCAAUUUGCUUACUGUGACAAAUGAUGCCUUGAAGGACCCAGAACCUGAGGAGUCUGAGGUCUCGGACAUGUGAAGACUGCUGAUCGAAGCGUUUGAUGACGGACCAUCGCAAUAGAACGAACUCUAACGGUGUCGUUGCACCGGCCUGUGGCGAAUCAUGUAAACAAAACUGGAAGCGAGCUUUGUAGGAGAGAAAUGUGACUCAUUGAUUGUCAUCCAAUCACACUGAUUUAGUUGUGUGACGUUGAACAUUUUGCUCAGUUUUCCAGUACAUGGGGCAUGUUGAGACUGUGUGUUGAUGGAUCGACAAACCGCCAUCAGAUUGAACCAGACGACCUGUGAUGCACCGAUGCGCCAAACGUGGAGGCUGGAGCGUCACCUCUUGUGGAGGACGACUAAUACGAUCAGAGAUUAAUUUUCUGGAAGCCCCUGCAUCUGUUGAUGACCAUUUCACAGGGAUACCGAGACUCAUCAACCCACAUCCACACUGCUGCCUGUCUCAGCCGCCUUUAUGCAAACAGAUCAACAGCAGACACCGAGUCAGUCUGAAUCCACCAAAAUGGACACUAUCAAAACAGACAACCUGUGUGCUUUUAAUAGUGUGCUAUGGUUUAGAGCUAAAACUGGCUGUAAAGGGGGGAUUAAAACAAACAUAUCUGCAAACACAGCAGCCGAACCUUGCCUAGGUCUGAUGAAUGUAAUACACGCAGGAUCACAGCUCCAUAAGCUGUGCAAACAACUCAUUCACUGACAACGUGCUUCGACGCUUCAAGACCUUCUUUUGUGUUGUGUUCAGAGUUGAGCAGAAGUUUUUGUUUUAUUGCCAAAGCAAUCUUUAGUCCUUUUUGAAGGCUACGUAUGAGGUAAUAGUGACCAAUAAGCAAUCGGUUAAUUAUUUUGUGUUCUGUGUGAGUUUGUUUAAGUGUAGCUGGAUUUUUAAAAGAGAGGUUAUUAUCAGGGAGGGACUGCUUUGGAGAAAAGGUGACUCUUCCUUUUUUAUUUAAACAAUACUGGAUAUUAGCCAUAUUAUUUAAUGUUGUCAGCAGACAUCCAGCUAAUGAAUGCUUGUUUUGUUCAAUUAUUUAUUGAUCUGUACUGUACACAUGUAAGAGAAAAUAGAAAAACAGCUGAUUUAUCUGCCAAACACCUGGCUGCUUUACUGGCGACUAUUAUUAUUUGACAUGUUUUAAGUUCAAAUGUGUGUGUUGGCUAAGUGUAUGAGGCAGAAAGUGCCUUUAAAAAAAUCUAACAUUCCUCCAUAGUGCGCCGCCACAUUUUGUUGCAUCAGUUUAGGAGACAAGGGGAUUAAAACGUCUUAAAUUGUGCCAUUACUGUCUGUCAGGACAUGCCCUCUGUUUUCACAAAGGUUUCAUUGUUGUUCAUUUGCACAGUGAUGAAAAUAUGAAACAUUGCUGUUGUGUUCAGUGAUGUCACAGAAUGUUUAUGGUUCUGAUCAUUGUGGAUCAAUAAAACCUUUUGCUUGGAAA